UUAAAAGAUAAGAAAUAUGAUGACGUAAUACCAUUGUGUACGGAAAUUAUUGAAAGUUCGGAAUUUAAUUCAUUACCUUCAACUAAACUUGAAGUGUUAUUAUUACGAGCUACAUUUUAUACACUUUUGGGCAAAUACGGUUCUGCAUUCCAAGACUUAGAAUGUAUACUGAACAUCGAAUAUGCAUCCAAUGAUGUAAAGAUAAACGCCUUGUUAAAGAGAGCAUACUUACAUCUAAAGUUCAUGGAUCUAGAUAUGACCUUCAUGAAUUUCGAAUUAGCCAUUAGUAUAAAUCCGCGUUACGCCGAUAUUUACUAUCACAGAGGACGGUUAUAUGUGCGCAUGGGCAAACUAAACAAAGCUAAGCACGAUUUUGAAAAGGCUCUUGAAUACAAUCCAAACUGUAGUAUGGCAUGCAUACAAAAAUGCUAUACAGAUUAUUGCAUUGCGAUGUUAAAUAAAGAUGUAAGAUUAAUUGAAGCGGCUGUGAGAGCUUCCGAGGAAGUUUUCGAAAAAUAUACAAAUCUUCCUGAAUGUAUAUUUUGUUGUCAAUAUUAUAGUAAGAUGAUGUCUGAAAGUCAACAGUACCAAAAAGCUGAUAUUUAUUUUACUAAAAUAAUAAACAAACAUCCAGAGAACACAUCUAUGUCUUUAGUUUAUCUGCAGAGGGCCUUUUUGCAAUUUGAUUGGAGCGGUUAUUCUGAUAAAGCUGCGAAAUACCUUAAGAAAGCGAUAGAAUUGGAUGAAAAGUGCAGUUCUGCAUAUGAAGCGUUAGGAAUCAUUGAAAUAAAAAGGGGAAACAUAGAAGAAGCAAUAAGAUUGUUUGACCAAGCUGUAAUAUACUGUCGUACAUUUAAGGAACUGCUAAAUCUGUACUACUUGAGAGAUGCAGUAAAAAUAGAACUUAAUGUCAAGAAUCAAUUCGGGGACAAGUAUUCUGAUUUUUUCGGUCGUUAUUUUGAUUCACGGAUGUACGUGUUGUGAAGUAUGGGAGAAACCAUCAAAGGUUUAAUUAUGAUUUUAUGUUGAGGUAUCACUUUUGAACACGAUAUGUAUAUAUGUUUCUACACAUCAAUGUGCACGCACUCAUGCACUCAAAGUAUUCUAAAGAUUGAUUGGAAUGGAAGGAGAGGGGAGAGAGAGAGAAAGAAAGAGAGAGAGAGU